GAAAGAUGUUUUUAAGAUGGUAACCAUGCAGCCAUAAACAAAAAGUUGUUAUCACAACAUUUUUACUUAUUUUUGUUGUUGUUGUUCAAGUUAUUAUUAAAAUACUGAAAAAAUAACAAGGAAAAGUUGGUAGAAGGAUAAAAAUUUACAAUAUGCUAAUUGUUAACUUGCUAUCUUAUUUUGUCUAAUGUAAAACAUUAAACAAAUACUAAAAAUUAGAUAAAUCAAAAAACAAAAGUUUGAUAAAGAAACUGUAAAAUACAUUUUAGAGAAGACCAGAGUGCAAAUUUUUUUUAAUAGCAUAUAUUUUGUUUAUUCUUGCAACAAUCAUAUGGACUGUAAAAUCCUAACUAUUAUUUUUGAUAAAUCUGCACUACAAUGAGACAGUUAAAAUUAAUUCACUCAAAUAGAGAUUAGUGUAAAAAAAACAACCUUCUAAAACACCCUUUGCUGUUGUUGUCUUCUGUAUUAAUACUAAAAAUGGAAUCAGCUACACAAAUGUUAAAAAGAGCGGUUGAACUUGAUUCAAAUAAGAAGUACUCAGAAGCAAAAGUUUGUUAUGAAGAAGGCCUUGAAAUGUUGUUAAAAAUACUUCCUGCAUUAACAGAAGAAGCAUUAAAAAACCAAAUUCGUAUAAAAGUUUCUGCCUACAUGAAACGGGCAGAAGAAUUAAAAGACUUUAUAGCAAAAAACAAAUCAGAUGGAAAGUUUCAUGAAAGAAUUGAAAUAAAGGAUAACCAGAGAGGUUGCAGUUAUUGCAAUUUAUUUUCCAAAUAUAUAGAUGCAAACUUGACUAGUGUUUUUAUCAAUGAUGCUUAUAUAAGAAGUCAUCAUCAAAUUUUAAAUUUACUAAGAUUCUGUGAACUUUUGGUGAAAAAAGCUAAAAAUCUUAAAUCUAUAAAGGUUUUAACUGGUCAAGAUGAGAACAAUUGUGUUGAGCAAAGAGAAAAAUUGGAGGAACUUUCAGCAAGUUUAAAAGCAUAUGGCGUUACUAUGGCAGUGGAGUUUUCUUCAACAAUACACGAUAGAGAAAUUGGUUUUGAUAAUGGUUGGAUCAUUAAAAUUGGUAGAGGCCUCGAUUACUUUAAAGCACCAAAGGGACGUAUUUCUUUAGGAUUUUGUGACAUGGAUUUAAGAGAAUGUCAUGAAACUAUUAUAGAUGUUUACAAUACUAAUUAAUUGUUUUCAUUUCAUUUUUUAGUAGAAAUUUUCAAUAAUUUUUUAUGGAUAUAAAGAUAAAUUAAA